GAAGCUAUUAAAAUCCAAUGAAGUAACAUUAGAAGCGAGUGUGUGUGGAGCGAAAGUAAAUGAACGAGAAGUUGUCCAUAUAUGAGCUCCGGUUGUGUUGAGAUUUGAUUCAAACCGCAUUCGGCACUGGAAGCAGCGCGUGCAUAAUCGUACACGGUGUGAAAACGCAUACGGUCCACAUUCUCAUCGCGUAAGAUUAAAACGCGAUUAAAACACGUGCAUUUGUGGUAGAUACACUUCUGGAUCAUAUAGCACAUUAAGUUGUUACAUAUUGAUGUGGCUGCUGCUGCUGCUGCGUUAAAUGGUUGCAGAAAUUGUGCAAAACAAUCAUAUAGUCAGAUGUUCAUUCAAUCUAACCACGAUUUAAGUUUGCAAUUACUCAGUUGUAUUGUGUAUGAAUUAAUUCUUGAAGCGUGCGACUGUGCUUGAGUUUGUGAUUGCAACGAGUGCGCCAGAGAAGAAAAAAAAACGGUUUUCAUUUCGACUUUUUGUAACUUUGUAUUUACAAUUAUGGCGCGAUGGAUCGGUUUACCAAAUUGCGCAACUCAAAACCAGAAACAUAUUUAGGUUCUUGUUCAACAUCCAACUAUUUACACAGUGUCUUUUAUUUGUAUGUUUUUCCCUCAGAGAGCAUAUAGAAAGCAACAGGUUUUGUAGCCAACAUAUUUCAAUUGCAAAUAAAAUUGGCAUUUGACGAAGAAUUAAAAAAAAACUACUCCAAGCCACAGAAGUCACUAGUGAAUCGAGUUCAAAAUGAAGAAGGCUACCACAUUUGCUGAUGAUUAUGAAUUUAGUUUGAGUAAGGAACUGAAAACGUUGGCCGAAAUGGAGCUGAGAGAAACAUGUGCCACCAGAGAUUUUGCAUUGAAGGCACUUCGCGACUGGAUCGAAUCCAAUCCAAGAAUCGCCUCCGCACGUAUGGAUUCAAGUUUUUUGUUGCGAUUUUUGCGAGCAAAAAAGUUCAGUGUGCCCAUUACGCAGGAGGGAAUUGAACGAUACUUGUUACUCCGCCAGUCAUACGACUUUUUUUCCAAUUUGGAUAUGAAUUUGCCAGCGAUGAAGACUCUACUGGACACGGGGUAUAUUUUUGCGGUGCCACAACGUGAUCAGUUUGGCAGAAGAGUUAUCAUAAUAAGACCGGGCGUGUUCGAUCCAUAUAAAUAUGCCAACACGGAUAUGCUGAAAGUGCACGGUAUGGUCUACGAAACAUUGAUGGAAGACGAAGAGAAUCAAAUACGUGGCUACGUACACAUUGUCGACUGUACUGGCGUUAAUUUGCCCUACAUGACUCUGUUCACUCCAAAAGAGGCUGUUCGAAUUGUUAAAAAUGCUGAGAAUACGUUGCCAAUGCGACACAAGGAAAUAGUUGCAUUUAAAAUGCAUGCAUCGAUUAAAUUUGCCGCUGACUUUGCACUUGGAUUGGUAACUGAAAAGCUUCGCAGUCGUAUCAAGUUCUUCACAUCACUCGAUGCCGUCAAAGUGAUUGAUCGUUCGAUUUUGCCAUCCGAAUUUGGCGGAACGAUUCCAAUGGCUGAAAUGAUUGAAUCGUGGAAGGCCGAAAUGGCGGCCAAGCAGCCGGUUCUACUCGCCAACGAUAAGAUGCGUGUUCAUUUGGAGAUGUAUUCGUUGAAAGCCCGUGAAGGUGCGAUCAGCGCACUCAAGCAAUUGCACUGUGCGUCGAGUGAAAAUGACAAGAGUCUCUAUGGAUUGCAAGGCAGUUUCCGAAAACUUGAAGUCGAUUAGCGCCGAUUCGGGAGGACUGCCACUCUCUCUCUUUCUCGCCUUUUAAUUUUUAAGCUCAUUCUUUUAUUUAAAAUUUGCAAAUUUUAGCUAAUGCUCAACUCUCUUCUCGGUUAUUUUACUUAUGCAUCUGAGGUGACGGGCGAUCCAAUAUGACAAAUAUUAAAUAGCUCUGUUAUUCAUAUCUCAAGCAUCAACAAUCAUUUCUUGUGUGUAAGGCAUUGAAAAUGAAUAAAACUCGCACAAUGAAUUAAACCAACGGAGAAAAAAUCAUUAUUAAUCCAUUUUUUCUCUCUCUACUGUUGUUGUACAAUUUCAUUUAUUUCACAAAUCACAAUUGAUGCUAACAUUUUUGAAAAUUCCCAAUAAAUAAAGUCUAAAUGUGCGCGAUACGUUUACAAUA